CUAUUAUUGUCCAACAACACAAUUCAAUACAAAAGUAGGAAGGUUUAUAUAGAGAGAAACAGCUGGAUGGACUUCUCUGUGUAUGAUCAUCUUUUUAUAGACCUUGUUCAUUGUGGAGCGAUUUAAAGGAUUAGGCAAGUACAGAAUAACUAAUUGAGUAACCCUCUAGAUAAAUUAGCGCUAUCUGUGAGCGAUAUCACCGUGUGAUUCUUACAAGAAGAACCGGAGAUGGACCAAUCUUUCCCAGGAUCACCACCCUGUUCCCCUGCUUCUUCUAUCUCACUAGCCUCUCUUAUGUCUGGACACACGCCUCACACAGUACCAUCGUCUUCAGCACCUAACUCCUCCCAUCGAAUGUCUCAACCCCCUCAAAUAUGCCCACACAGAGGUCGUUCUCAGCUAAAUGCCAGUGAUGUUACAAUAACUGAAGACACACCUCCUGGUGGACCCCAACUCCAGCCAGCUUCAUCUCCUGCAGGGGAAAUUCCAGAGGAGGUCAUCAUUGAGGAACUUAAGCAGAGAGCUAAGAAUGGAGACUCCAAAGCACAGAUAGAGAUUGGUAGGUAUUAUUUACGCCUGUCUGAGACAGAGGAUGAAGAAGCGAACAGCAUCACUGCAGUAACAUGGCUUCUGCUGGCAGCAAAGAACGGCCGGAGGGAUGCUGUAAAACUCCUACAGUGGUGCCUGCAUGAACAAAAAGGCAUCACAGCUGAGAACAGAGAAGAGGUGCAUACCUUGGCAUGUGAAUCACGUUAUGAGCGCAGUGUGAGAAAAGCAGCUUUGUGCAUGUACUGGAAACUUAAUCCAGAGAGGAAGAGAAGGCUAACUGCCUCAGAACUACUAGAAAACAUUAGCCAGGUCAACACAGAAACAGAUGGUGUCAGUGGAAGCCUACUCUCAAGGUCAGCCCAGAAACAGAGGAAAGUCUUGGAGAGCCUGGUCUCAAGUGAUGGGACUCAGUAUGUUGGUUCAGAAGAGUUUGUUGAAAACACUAAGCGGUACGCUCAAGGCAUCUCACCAACAGCAGCUCUUGAAGCGGAAGCAGUCAAUGACGAUGAUGAUGACGAAGAGCCUGUGAUAAAUCCUGAUGAGUUGCCUCUGCAUCAGAAGAUAUUGAAAUUUCCCCUCCAUGCUGUCACUGAGGUGAAGGAGGUGUUGAUUGAUUGGGCCUCCCGUGCUGGAAUGCAAUGGAUCAGUGCUCUCAUCCCAACGCAUCAUGUCAACACCCUCAUUUUCUUCUUCAUCAUCUCCAACCUCACUUUGGAUUUCUUCCUUCUUGUCAUUCCCCUUAUCAUCUUCUACUUUUCUUUCCUCUCGAUGGUCAUCUGCACAUUGAGAGUCUUCCAGAACAGCAAGGCCUGGGAGAACUUUAAGGUGCUGACAGUCAUGCUGGCUCACUUUGAGCCAGGCCUUGACCUUGAGCAAGCAGAAUCCAACUUCACCUGGAACCACCUGGAGCCCCACCUCUAUUUUCUGCUCUCGGCACUCUUCCUCAUACUCUCGUUUCCCGUGGCAGACAAGUCGUGGCUGCCUUGUUCUGAACUGGCCACUGUGGCAGUCUUCUUUACUGUGAGCAGCUACCUGAGCCUGCGUCCAGCAGCGCAGCAACAUGCCAAGCUAGCCCUCCUCACACAGGUCGCCUCUGCCAUUUGCUUUUUCACUAAUGAGCUCAUGGGGGGCUGGCUGGGCUGGCUAGUGGGGGGGUCAUGGUUUAGCCUGCCUAUUUGUGAUUGGCUUGUGUUGCAUUUUGGGGUACCUUGCAUUCUUUACCUUGGCCUUCUGUACUUGUGUGUACGCAUGGCCACGACACGAGGGCUUCACGGCUCCUACAGUGUGCUGCUGCCCUACCUCGUUUGCUUCAUCUGGUGUGAACUGUCCAUCACACUUCUGCACGGGUCCACUGUGCUGGGCCUAAUGCGGACUGCUGUGGGCUACCUCCUGUUCUUCUUCGCCCUGCCUGUGCUUUCGCUGGCGCUAGCAGCCAUGCUGCUGGUACAGCUGGUGCAGUGGUUCCUCGCAUUGGACCUGGCCAAGAUGGUAGUGACAGUGUGUGUAUGCGGGCUUCCCAUUUUACUGCGGUGGUGGACUCGUUUCAGUGUAUCACCUCUCGCUGUGAUCCGAUCGCUAAGGCGCAGCAGCAUAGUGAAGCUGAUCUUGGUGUGGAUCUCUGCACUACUGCUGUUCAGCUGGUUUUAUGUAUACCGCUCUGAGGGUAUGAAGGUGUACAACUCCACUUUGACCUGGCAGCAGUACAGUGAAUUGUGUGGACCUCGUGCCUGGAAGGAACGCAACAUGGCGCACGCUCAGAUCCUCUGCAGCCAUCUUGAGGGUCACCGUGUCACCUGGGAGGGCCGUUUUAAGUAUGUUCGUGUGACGGAGAUAGAAAAUGGAGCUCAAGCCGUUGUCAAUCUCCUACCUGGCAUCAUAGCAGACUGGGUGCGCUGCCUUUAUGGGGAGGAAUAUCCAGCCUGUGACAGUCCUGAGCCAGGGCCUGCAGAACCCCUCUGCCAGCUGAAGGCACUUGCAAAUCACAAGUGCCAUGUGAAACGAUUUGACCGCUACAAGUUUGAAGUGACCAUGGGUAUGCCUCAAGGGGAUAAGAAGGGGAAAGGGCCACAAGAAAUGGAUGAUGCAACAAAAGACAUAGUGCUAAGGGCAAGUAACGAAUUCCGUGGUGUACUGUUGGCACUCGGUGCAGGCAGUGUGGUGGAAUUCAGCACUGUUCUAGAAGGUAGGCUGGGCAGCAAGUGGCCAGUGUUUGAGCUCAAAGCUCUUCACUGUAGGACUUGCACCUCGGCUUUGGUGCCUACACGACGGCAAGUCAAGAUAGAGCAGGACUGGAGGGUUAAUGCCCGUAGUGCUUUUGCCUUUGCCUUCAACUUCCUGUUCCACCCAUUGCUCACUGCUGAGCUCGAUGUUGCUGUGGCUACUGAGGUUGCUGUGUGAGGAUGAACAUAGUUAUCAUUUUGGUACUGUAUGUAAUAGACUCAACAGCCAGUCAGCAGCACUAUUCCUCAACAUGGUCAGCAGCAUUUGCGUUCAUGAUUAGGAGGUGAUUAGGUGUGUGUGUGCCGAUCCAUUAGAAAUGGUUUCUUGGGGAAUUUGAAUGCUUUAGGCAUUGUAGUCUGAGAACUGACCUAUUGUAUCAGUUCUGUGUUGAGGUAUUGCUGUCUGAAACUAAUCAAAUUUAGGCCUGAAUUAAUUGAGAUUGUGAUCAAUCAGAACAGGGAGGUCAUUUAAAAGGCAGUGUUUUUUUCAUUCUGUUUUUGCAGAAUGAUGGAGUCACUGCUUCACAUUAUUUGGCCAAGAGACCAGUUUUUUGAUUCUUAGGUUAGAUGUACUGGAGAGAUUACGAAAUGUACCAGGGUAUGGCUAGACUAAAAAUAUUUUCAGUGGAAAAUCAGUAUUGAAAAAAUAAUCAGGUCUAUGUAUGAAUGUGAAAAAGUGAAAAGUGAGAAAGCAUAAAGUGGGAGUACAUGAGAUAGUAAGGAGGUAGCUGCUAUGAAAGCUAGAGUUACCAUAUGCCCUUAAGUGUACUAGUAAGGAGCAUUUCAAUGGUUUGUGGAUGAAAAUCAUUUAUAUCCAAGUAAUACUUACAAUCUACCAACUCACCAAUAAUAGAAAAACUAAGUGAAGAUUGUUUGGAGCUAUUUGUUUUUGUCAACAAAUAUUCCACUUUUUAGACAAUGCACUGGAAUUUACCUAAUGUAAAAAAAACAAUAACCAAGUAAAGAAUUUGCUUUCCAUUUGAAGAAUUUGUUUCAAGAGAGUGGUUUCAUAUGUUUUGCAUACUGCUGCCUUGGAUAAGUAUAAGUAUAAAUUUUACAGAAAAAUGGGUGUUUUAGCCGUUUUUAGGUGAACUGGAUAUAGAUAUGAAAUAAGAUCAUUUUUAAUGAGAAAAUUAAAGUUUCUUUCCUAUUAUGGAAUGAAAGGCACAUAUAUUAUUGUCAUGACUAAAAUCAAUCAUGAACAUUCUAAUAGUUUAAGAUAAUGUUGGCUCCUUAAUUAUUAAUUGCAAAAAGGAACACAUUAGAUAAUCUACUGUACAUUGGAACGCCUCAUAGAGGGUUGCAUGGCAUUUUUAUGCAGGCACAGAGAUUUAAUCCACCCACACACAGUGUUCUUUUUCCUGCUGAGCUGGUCUCUACUUCUGAUUCUAGUGUAUGAUUCACUACCCUCACUUUGCACUAUGAUGAAUAAAAACAUAAAUUUCG